GGUCGGAAACGCUUCCUUCUACCUUUUACAUACUUUUCAAUGAAUCUAGUAUACCCUUUUACCCCAAAAGUAACGGGUAUAAAAAUUAAAAGCGGCGGUCUGCAUUCAGAGCGUUGUGCAUAACAUAAGGGUUAAGCGAAAAUGCCGUUAGGCAUUUCCCGUGGCCUGACCACGAGUAUUUGUAUCUGGUCACACUUCACCGAACAAGAAUCAAAUCUGAACAAAAAGUAAACAAUACAACUGCUUUUUCUUGGCGAUAAGGUGUCCAGAAAGACCACUGGUUCCAUUGCCAAGAUGACGGACGGCAGCCACUGGCUGAACUGGUGUCGCCUGUGCGCCAAGGACGACGCUCAUGGCAACGUGAGGGUGCAAAUGAAUGGGAAUUCCCAGGGAGACUGGGACAAUGUUCUGAUAAUGGCCAUUCGCAAGUACUUCGAAGUGCAGGUGCAACUGGAGGAUGAGCCAAGCAGCGUGCUGUGCACGGAGUGUUAUACGCUCAUCAGCGAACUAAUCGAUUUUGCAGAGCAUGUGUCCAAAGUGCAGGACAUCUUUGAGGUUCUGCGACGCACAGAAACGGAUCACGACCAGCAACUGGAUUUGGCUGCACUGCGUCAGCAGUAUGGGCUAUGCGGGGACGAUUGGACGCACAUCAUCAAGCCUAUUCCUGCCCUAGAAAUGGAAGCGAGCCUGGACUCUAAUAAUGCUUAUCAAAAACGCGCCAAAACAUUGCCUAUGCCAGAGACAAGCAGCAAAGAAAUCGAAAUAUCAGAAAGGAAGGCAACCUUACUUCAAGCCAAAAAGAUACUGGGAAUGGAGAUACCUAAGCAAGAGUUUAUCGACCUCGGCCCCAUUUUGUUGGAAAAGAACACAAGUCAACUGGAUAUGGAGGAUGUGCUGGACGAACUAUCUCCAGAAGAACUUUCGCAAUCUCGCGUCGACAGCAUAAUCUCUCCGGUUUCAGUCAAGAAUGAUGUUAAGUCAGAAAUGCUUGACAGCUGUGAUGGAAAUGCCGAGCUUCAGCCUGUAGAUUGCCAGCGAAUUGAUCUCGCAGUGGCAACGACACCAAAUGUUUCGGAAUCAGCUGCGGAGGAGAAGGCCAAACGGGGUCGCAUGGACUGUGAGAAAUGUGGGAAAGUCUACAGAAACCGCGCCUCGUAUGAGAAACACUUGGAACGCGAGUGCCGCAGGAUCGAGCGGCGUGUGAAGGUGGACAAAACGACGACAACCUGUGAUAUUUGCAACAAAACUCUAUCUUCUGCCACGGCCCUAAAGCUCCACAAAGAGGGUAUCCACCAGAAUGUCAAGCCAUACAUCUGCGAUAGUUGCGGCAAGCAACUGAAGACAAUUACAGCACUAAAUGAACACAAGCUGGUUCACACGGAAAGUCGUCCCUUCGAAUGCACCGUCUGCAAUGCGGGCUUUAAGAACCGCGCGCGUCUAAAGGCCCACUACCAAAUUCAUGCGGAGCCCAGUUUCGUGUGCAACAUUUGCGGCAAAAAGCUGCAGACUCGACGCACCUGGAACAUGCAUAAGGUCGUGCACACGGAGGAGCGUCGCUUGAAGUGUGAUGUCUGCGGGGCUCUUUUCAAGCGAUCAAAAACGCUUAAGACCCACCUGCUAAGCCACACUGGGCUGCGACCGUAUGUUUGCAACUACUGCGGCAAGUCUUUUGCGUGCAACGCCAAUUGCCGGUCGCACAAGCUCAAGAAACACCCACAGGAAGUUGAGCAGGAGGAUGGAGCACGGCUGCCCUCUCGCCUCAAUGUUCCGACGUUGGAGGAACUUCGCGUUAUGACUCAAAAGCUUCCAAAGGGGAAAGCAUAGAGUGUAUGCUUUCGACAGAAAACUAGCUUUAGCAUGCUAUUCAAUCUACUUUUAUUAAAUAUAGGUAUCAUUUAACGAAUAUCUUUUACCUUUUAGAUGGCAUCAGAUCGGAAUGUGCAAUCUCCAAUUUUCCAAACGUAGAUCUAGAUAUAAUUAUAGGAAAGUUUUCUUUUAAAUUGCCAAGUGGCAAAAACGAAGCAAAACACACUUUCUAAUCGAAUAAUAAAAGGCAUCUGAGUUAUUUAAAA